AUGGAGCCACCGACGAAUCCAGCCGGCAUCAUUGACCCGGAGGCUGGCAGUGCAGCUCUAGAAGAGUUGCCGUCCGUUCAAACACCACCGUCAUCAAUGGCCGAUUUUUCAUGUAUAUAUUUUGGAUAUGGCUCCAACCUGUCGCCACGGACGAUGAAGCAACGAUGUCCCGACUCCCUCUUCAUAGGACUCGCCGAACUGAAGGACUGGAGAUGGAUCAUCAACGAAACCGGACAUGCAAACAUAAUACCGUCUUCGGGAGACGUUGUAUACGGAAGUCUAUGCUUUCUCAGCAAGAGAGACGAGAUGGCACUAGAUGAAAGCGAGGGGGUGCCCUGGUUGUACGAAAAAAUGACAUUGCCUGUGCGACGGCUUCUAAAUGACGUUGAAAAGUCCUCUGACUGGGCGGCCAGUGGAGAAAUCCAGGUCCAAGCCACCACCUAUUUGGAUGUGCAGCGGACGACGGUGGGCAAGAUUGAACGCGAGUACGUUGUCUGGGUCAAGAAGGCAAUUGAGGAUGGACACAUCGCCGGGAUGCCCACCGGAUACACUGAAAAGUUCCUGAAGCCUUUCCUGCCGACAGAAGAGAGGCAACUGGAAGAUAUUGUGAUGGUGAGGACCACUAAGUUUGGAGAACACAGUGCUGGGCUUGUGCCUCGAGGAUUUGCAAGCUGGUCGAGGGGAUGA